CAGGAUGUCGUUCUAACUUACGAACGGGACUUUAUCUGCUAAGAGAAGAUUCCUUUUUUUUCAAAUCAAUAAAUAAUAAGUAGCCAUGGAGAUAAAAAACAAGCGGCCCCUUUUCCCUUGGUACAAGGAGAGGCUGCAGACCAAGUAUCUAAAAGUCUCAACAAACAAGAUCACCUCAGUCAGCAGUGGUUGUCGUUUAGUAAACGUGAGCCUGGAUGACUUCAGCGUCGGACCUUCAGUCUUAUCUAAGGUGCGGAGAGUCUCAAAGGAGCACGCCUGCUUCUCACGGCAGAUGAUCCGAAAGCAGAUCGGCAGAGAAUAUGUGAACGCUGUGGAGGAGAAGCUCAAACAGCAUCCAUUAGUCCUCUACCCCCAUUAUAGGGACCACAUGUCCCCGGAGUUAUUUGAGAAGGUGGUAUCUGUUCUGGACCCAGACAUGUGCGUAAACAGCGCCUCUUCACUUCCUACGCCUACUGCAGAGCGUGCAGAAGAGGAAGAAGAGGAAAACUGUGCAGAGCCGAGAAACGAGGACGGCAACAAGGCAAAACAAGGAGCAACAGCUGAUAAAAUCGACCCUGAUGUCCUAAAUCAAGGUCCCAGAAGCCCUUAUACACUUCCAAUGAAUGGAAAAGGUAUUGAAAAAGGCCAAAAGGUCAAAGUGAAUCAACUGAACAACCACAAGGGCAUGAGAGCAGCCACCAAACCUUUCAGAUAAUGGUUCCUUUAUCCGGUUGAAGGGAGCAGUGUUACUGAAUCUGAAAUGGGAAGACAUUUACACAGUAGUCUUCAACCUCCAUCAUCACCAACUUUUUAAGCAAAGAAUUCAAACAGUUGUCUUGUCAAGGCCAUAAAUAAAGAAGAUGGUUUUAAAAGCCCUUGAUUCACAUUAUGUAAAAAGACUAAAGAUUACUCAACACAAAGUUAAACCAACACAAAGUAAGAAAAUAACACAGGAUAAAUACCUGGAUCCUCCCAUCAUGUCAGUUAGAACUUAAGAAGUGAAACAAAAGCUGGUCCAGAUUCCUCUGUCAGUUGCACAACUUCUGAAGAUAGGAAAAUAACACACUUUAUGGCGGCUGAUUAAAGAUCCAACUCGUACCGUGAAGAGUCUGAGUCUGAAUCCCAAAAGAUAAGAUAAAAAUCUAAACAAGUGAUGACAUGAGGACCUGCCACAAACAUUCAUAUCCCUCUGCCUUCUUUGAGGCCUGGAGAGCAGCUGCUUUGGCAUCAAUAGGGGCGACUGUGGCUGAGGGUGCAGAGUGUUUGUCCUCCAACCAGAAGGUCGGCGGUUCAGUCUUCACCAUCUGCAUGCCGAAGUGUCCUUAGGCAAUAUACUGAACCCCUAAAUGGCCCCUCAUAGAUGUUGAACACUAACUGUAAGUCACUUUGAAUAAAAGCGUCCGAUGUAAGGUAAUAUGAGGUAAAACAAAUGCAAAGUGUGUAACCCUAAGAUGUGUGUAUGUCAGGAGUUAUGAAACACAACAGAUAAAGACUGAAAAGGGAAAACGCCUUUAUGCUAUAUCCCUAAAGACAGGCUUCAAGAGAUUUGUCAGAUGUGUGUGUGCACAGCAACUGAACACAGGAAAUAUGUAGAGGUGGUAUACAUCCUGCAUUUGAAUAAAGGAAAUAAAA